AGACAGACAAGAUGGCGACGAAUUCCAUCAAGCUGCUUACGGGCAAUAGCCACCCGCAGCUGGCGAAGCAGGUCGCUGAUAGGUUGGGCAUUGAGCUCGCAAAGACGAUGAGCUUGAAUUAUUCGAAUCAGGAGACGAGCGUCACUGUGGGUGAGAGUGUUCGGGAUGAAGACGUCUUCAUCCUCCAAUCCACCGCGCCCGGCGACAUCAACGACGACCUCAUGGAACUCCUCAUAAUGAUCAACGCCUGCAAAACCGCCUCGGCCCGUCGCAUCACAGCCGUGAUCCCCAACUUCCCCUAUGCGCGCCAAGACAAGAAAGACAAGAGCAGAGCACCGAUAUCCGCGAAAUUGAUAGCCAAUAUGCUGCAGACGGCGGGCUGUAAUCAUGUUAUCACGAUGGAUUUGCAUGCUAGUCAGAUCCAGGGGUUCUUCAAUGUGCCGGUCGAUAAUCUGUAUGCGGAGCCCAGCACUUUGCGCUGGAUCAGGGAGAAUUUGAGGGUUGAGGAUUGUGUGGUUGUUAGUCCUGAUGCCGGGGGUGCGAAGAGGGCAACAUCCAUAGCCGACCGCCUCGAUCUCGGCUUUGCACUCAUCCACAAAGAGCGCGCGCGCCCCAACGAAGUCUCACGCAUGGUGCUGGUUGGCGACGUCGAGAACAAGAUCGCGAUCCUUGUCGACGACAUGGCGGACACGUGUGGCACGCUCGUCAAAGCCGCGGAAACGGUAAUGGCGCACAAGGCGCGCGAAGUCGUUGCGAUCGUCACUCAUGGAAUAUUAAGCGGGAAUGCGAUCGAGACCCUGAAUAAGAGUAAGUUGAGUAGGGUGGUAGUUACGAAUACGGUUCCUCUCGGCGAUAAGGGGGAGAGGUGUGGACUGUUGCGGGUUAUGGAUAUUAGUCCUACAUUGGCGGAGGCGAUUCGACGCACACAUAAUGGGGAGAGUGUGAGUUUUUUGUUUACGCAUGCGCCGACAGAUUGA